AUAUAUAUAUAUAUAUAUAUAUAGACGCAUACGCGUGUAUAUAUAGGCCCCACCUACAUAUCUAUUUAUCUGUGAUUCUUUCUCUACUUGGUGGAGAAAACGGAAAAAAUAGUUUCUGUCAUCAUGUCUCACAACGGAGUUCAGAACAAGGAUACGACCUUCACGAAGAUUUUCGUGGGGGGUCUUCCCUACCACACCAACGACGAUUCCCUCAGGGAAUUUUUUGACAAGUUUGGAGAUAUUGAAGAGGCUGUUGUGAUAACAGACCGCCAGACGGGAAAAAGCCGAGGAUAUGGAUUCGUUACGAUGUCUGACAAAGAGGCUGCUGAAAGAGCUUGCAAAGAUCCGAACCCAAUCAUUGAUGGGAGAAAAGCAAACGUGAACCUUGCCUACAUUGGGGCCAAGCCCCGCGGAAAUGCUACAGCUGCUUUACCAUUCGCCAUCAAGUCAGGAAUUCCCGGCAUGCCACUCGGAAACUUCGGGUUCCCACAAUACGUCUACCCAUCGGCGUACAUCGCCAGCCCGAGUCUCCUGAUGCCCCCGCACUCGCCUCUCUCGCCGACUACCGCUGCAGCCGCCGCUGCCUGCCAGUACUUUGACUACGCCUCUCCGUUCGCCGCCCAGUACGCUAAUGGCUUCGAGGCCUACCCAUACACAUCUACGAACGGGUACGCCAGUCCUGGCACGGCUUUCACGUACGCCGUCCCCCAGCAGGCGAUAUCUACCACAGCUCCGAGCCAUUUCGCUCACUACCAACCCGCGCAGGUACAAGAACGUAUGCAAUAGUGCUGGGUGACGUCACGAAUUGGUCCCUGAGGAAGCUCUCUUAUUUAGUGUGAGAAAUUUAAUUUCUCUCCCCCCAGGAACAACUUGAAGAAUAUCCAUCAUGCCGGCCUAAAAUCUCGCAAGACUAUUUUUGUAUAGAGGUUAAAGGUCAGUGUCGCGUGGCGACACCUACCGGCCUGUCGGAGACCGUUUUGGUUAAAUCUUGGAGGGAAGUGUUUAUUACUUCAAAGACUUUAACCAUUGGAAACGAGAUCCAUGACAAUGGUGAAAGACUCGGAGUACAAAGAGAUAUUGUUUCAUAUCCAACAUUAGCUAAUAUCACGUGAUCUCUGCUAUGCAAGAAUACUAUUAUCAUUGCUGUAUUUUUAAAUGUCCUUGCACAUUUUGUUAUUGUUUUUUUUUUAUUAUUUUCUUUUCUUUCGUCAUUGUGAAAAGGUUUCGUCCUGCACCGUGUCUAGUAUACGAGCUGAAAAGAUCAAAUUUGUUUUAUCAUUGUUAUAAGUUUAUCUCGGUCUGAAUGGUGGUAUGCGAGAUUUUGUAAACGAGUCUCAGUGUGACCGGAAAUGACGCAUUAUGUGAUGUCAUCGUCUUUCGUUAUAACGUUGGCUGUCUGCCAAGUUGUUCUGCACCAGUGAAAGGUGUCGACCAAAACCCACGUUCUCAUUUUUAGCGCUCCAUUGUUCGCCCUGUAUCAUAUUCUCUGUUGUAAAUAUCACUUAUUUUUAAACCUUUCUUACGGUAUAAACUUUUAUAAACGUAUUGUUAACGUAGUAGUAGUUCUUUAUAACCAAGUUAGUAACAAGGAGAACCUUAUCAUGGCAACGAACCAUAUACUGGAAGUAGCUAAUUAGUUAGUCAAUAGCAGAUUAUGCACUGUAAUAUUUAUUAACUGGUUAAAUAUUGGUAGAGGUUAAUUUAACUUACUAAUCCGUACUUUUUGUUAUCUCUAUUUUUUUUCUCGAGAAUAUAAUGUGCAAAACAAUGCUUCGUACACCAUAAUAUAUUGUAAGCCUAGGUAAGUCGUUUUAUUUAGUCCAGGGGACACUGGACGACGAUUGACUGAUAUCAGGCUCCCCGCUUAUGAAUUGGUGGUUGUGUCCGCUUAAAUUAUAUGUAAGGUAAAAUGUCACUUUUUAUUGUAGCCUUUUGUCGGGAAAGAUGAACAGGUUUACGAAAAUUGUCAUUAAUAUAUAUAUGUAUGUCUCAUCUUAUUAUGCAAACGUAUAUCAACACCACGUGCCCCACAGUUUGAGGCCUUAGGGUGUAGCGUAGGGUUAAGAUAUUAAAUAUAGAUAUAUGUAUACAGAAAUUUAUAUACAUGUUUAAUCAUCUGCGUUUUAGUAUUGAAUGUGUCAACUUUGAUCGGUUCGCAUCUGUACGAGAUCCCCGAUUUUUGCCAUGAAAUCCACCGUCCAAUCAAAUGCCUUAAUCGGUACCUCAUUUGCAUACUGCUGAUUUUGUGAAAUUUGAUCCGUCCCCUUUAAUGGAGAUCCUUACUAACCCGUGGUUCGGAGAGUACCUACACUACACGGUACGAUUUGCAAUAGCCGGGUAGCGACCCAAAAGAAAAGGGACCAGACAUUUUUUAUUUCGUGUAUUGUUUCAUUUCGAACCCAAUCCUGUUACAUCUGGAGAUUGAAGCAUUCCGUUGAUGUUGUUGUUGUUAUUACUAUUUGGGAUCCAGAACGAGUGGCAUUCACGCUGCUUUGGCACAUUAAGGCAAAUAUUGUGGACAAAAGUUGUAGAACAGCUGGCCUUUGCGAGGGAAACUGUGAAACGAACACAUUCCCUCAAAGAACGUACAACCAAUCAGGGAUGAAAAUUUAGGGGCAAGUAUUAUCAUGUGACAAAUGUCUGGAACGUGAUUAGCGGGUCGCUACCUGAGCUCAAGACUAGGAAGACGAACGGAAAACACGUCGGAUGCAGAAGUGUAGGCCUAUGCAUUUGAUGAAAAUUUAAUUUAUUUUUCUUUGCCAACUGUUUCGUAUUCGAAGAAUUUAAUUUAUUUAAUGAAACUUCAGUAUUGGAGGCUUAAAUUAUAGCCAGGCCUUAUCAAAAGGAAAGAUCUUAGGGGAAAAUCUUGCAAAUUUCUAAUUUAAUUAUUUAUGAUUUUUUUGCACGAUGAAUAUUGUACUAUAUAACACAUGGCUAUUUAUCAAUACAUCGCUCGUGAUGUUUUUCUUUUCUUGUUUUAUUGUGUCAGUUGACAUAAUUUAUUAUGAAUUAUAUUAUGUAUUAUAUGUUAGGUUAGUCACCAUAUCAUUUAUAAAAAAAAUAACUGGUCGAAGUUGUAAUAAUUAAAAUAUUGUUAAGCUAUCGUUGUAUAAUUGAUGCUAUGCUAUUCAUGAUAUUUAAGAAAAAGUGGUUCUAGAUCGAAGUGUACAGCUGUACUUGUAUUGUGGGAAUAUAAGCAGUCUUCAUAUAUACCUUCUUGGGACAAGUAAUGUAGAUAAAUGAGGGAAAUUCAAGUUAUAUUUAACUUUACAGACACUUUGUCUUUGAAUUGUAUACAGUAAUAGAUUUUGGAUCUUGAAUUACAUUCAAAGCAACUAAUGAUCGAACUAAAACAAUUUUGUUUUGAAAAUUCCGUAACAGAAAUGUACUAUCUGAAUUACUUCUCUGGCAAAGUACCAAUCUGUGAAAUGUACGACCCGCGACUUCCGUCUCUUUUUUUUAAACGUAGACAGACAGUGCAACAAAAGUCUCUCCGGGCUCUAACUUCCGUGAUGUAAUUCAGACGAGUCCCUUUGUGGUUAAAUACACAUAUGGCGUCGAGGAAAGUGAUUAUUUAGGAGAACAUACUUCUCCGUAUUGUUAGUGAAUAAUGUUCCGAAAACUUCUGAAUAUGUACAUAUAUACACUGUUUAUCUUCUUGUCAUAUUUGCCAUGUAAUAUACACUUCAUUAAUGCAAGCGACCCAUGUUUAAAAAAAUCAUGUUCAAUAAAUUUUUC